GGUUAAUUAAUACUAUGCUAAUUAGUUUUAAACGUGCUCACGCAUUAGAUCUGUGAUCUCUUGUAUAAUAGAACAUAGUAUAAUAGUCGUCGCGUGCGGCCGUCGUUGAACACAAACAACUCUUGUUACACUGAGAUGGAGGGUAGUUUCCACUCGGUAUCGUAUUACAUAUCCUAUAUAAGACUUCAAUCUAGUAGCAUCAGCCUCAGUUGGGGAGUUGAGCGUAUGAGAGCUGAUUACAACCAAAAGGCAUGUUGGGUUAACCGUCAAUAUUUGUAAACGUAGAUUCAUUUAUUUAAAACUAUUACCUGCUUUUGUUUUUAUACAGACUUGUUUUUCUUUUGUACGUUGAGUUACAAAACUAAGUAAGGAAGCAAAUAAGUCAAAAGGUUCUCAGUUAAAAUGAAAAAGCAAGAAGAAAAGAAAGCUGGUUCUUCAGGCUCAAGCUCUACGCCAAUUCUAGUAGGACCACAGUGCAGACCUAGAGGAAUGUCAAGCAGAGGUACAUCACAGUCAUCGAUAAAUUCGUCUUCGUCGGUAUUUUCAGCACAGGAUGUUAACGGUCAAAGCAACCAGACAACUCCCGGAAGUGCGUUUGAGUCACCAACUCAAGGAACACCUGUCUUCAAAUAUCCCGAAACGCAACAGCAGUAUUCUGCAGACGUUAUUAAUAUCGUCACGGUGAAUAACGGGACGCCAACAUCAGAUCCUGGUGUUGUAUUGGAGGAAGCGACGAAAGCCAAUUUGACAGCAGCUCAAGAUUUUUACAACAAGCUGGAAGCCCACAGCCUGGAGAUAAUCGGUGAAACACAAUCUCCCAUAGAACUAGACUACCCAAUCAACUCGGUGAAAUUGGAGCUCUCCAGCGAGCAGGGGGUACCACUCGAUGACGUCACGUUUGGAAACCGUCGGUCCUUCCAGGAGAUGAACACUCCGCGGGGAAACGUCGAGCUGAGAGAGAUUUUCAAUCUAGCAAGGGAAAAUGCUGAAAACGAAGCAAAGAAGAAAAUCACAUCGAAGAAAGCAUACGAUCGGUAUUUAUGGGAACAUGGCAAUCGUUUGCUUAUUUCAGGCCAGUCAGGUAUCGGGAAAAGCACUUUGUCGCGGAAACUUACGGAAGGGAUUCUGAUGGGUAACAUUUUGCCUGGCUCCAAUAAAGUGGUGUACAUGCGGUGCAAAGAAAUCAACUUCGACGAAAAUCUGAGUCUUGUGGAUUUCAUGUGCAAGUACAGCAUGAGUGAAGCCGUGGAUCUGACCUUGGAGCAAAAGAAACACAUUGGCUGGGAACUGGUAGAAGAUUCUAGCAUUUCAUUCAUCUUUGAUGGAUUGGAUGAAGCGAAUACAACGGAAAUGGCAAAUUCAUUACGAGGGCCGGUAUGUUCUCCAAAUGAUGUUGUUGCCGUCCAUAUGUUGGUGAAGAGUCUCAUGAGUGGCAGGUUAUUGCCGAAAGCCAGGGUGGUGAUCACUUGCAGGACUCGGCAAUCAUUUGCGCUCCUGGGAGAUUACUUCAGACCAGGUGUCAUUAUUCAUGUCAUUGGAUUGAGCCAAGAAGCACAGAAAGAACUCGGAAAGCAAAUCUGCGGCAAAGAUUGGGCAAAGACUUACAAAAUCCUGCAUCAGGAUCCCGAUCUCGAGAGUGCGUGUUACGUCCCAGUGUUCUGCAUGAUCUUGUACGCAGUACUUCGUGACAGCAACAUGGGCAACAGAAAACUAAACAGCAUCAGUCGCGUGUUGAUCUAUCUCCUCGACCGAUAUAUCAGAUCUGAGCAUAUGCUGCAUGUACCAACAGACCAGUUAGAAAGGGUAGCCAAGCUUGCCAAAAAUGGAUUCCUGAAACGCAGGCUUGUCUUCGACGAAACGGAUCUUGAAGCAGCUGACGUCACAGUAAAAGCAUUGCAAGCGUUUAUGGUGACGUUUCUAGACGGAAGCACAAGGUUGAAGGUCCGGAUAUUCGAAGGUGAGCAUCGAUAUUCUUUCUCGCAUCGACUCUGGCAAGAGUUCUUCACGGCAGUGUACAUUAUGUUCUAUUCUGACAACGAGGAGUUUGAAGCGGUCGAAAACUACUUGAUGGAAGAUAGCAGAUGGGAAAUGGUGGGGAAGUUUUUAUACGGCCUGAUCAAUCGACAGAAUGUGGCGAAUAUCAAAAAGGUUCUGCCAACGAAAAGGUACGACACCAGAUGGAAGAAGCGAAAGUUAAGUUUAGAGGUGAAGGCCGAGGUCGGGUUUGGGCGAGAGAUCCAAGACCGUCACAUGUUAAUGCUUAUGUGCAACUGGGUGCAUGAGGCAGAUGAAAAGCCCUUCACUUUAAAAGUGGCGAAGCGUCUCCCGGCUUCAAUUACACUGAUGGGGGCGGAGUCGGAGCCACUGAUGUUAUGCAACAACGAUGUUAUGAGUAUUGUUCAUCUAAUCGGCACUGCAGCCGAGUACUUAGAAGAGAGUAAAAUGCAACAUUUAGUUUUGGAAAAAGUCAUCUUUACCGGAGAGAGCUUUCGUACUUUCGCAAGUCGGAUGUCAAAUAUACAAGGAAAGCUUGAAGAAAUUCGAAUUAUAGACUGCGACUUGGGAGACUCGGCAUCAAACAUGUUGGUGAGGUUCAUGCACAAGUUUAACCGACUUCACGUCGCAUAUUGCAACGUAUCCAAGCAAGGUGUCGGUCUUAUUGAAGAGCAUUAUGCGAAUUUAGAAAGCCCGAGACCGGGUAUGAUCGUGUUCAGCAACGACUUCGAACCACGUGAUAUCGGGCAUAACUUGAGGGAGAAACAUCGUCAGAGUAGUGACCAACUUUAUUAACAUUGAAGAUCAAGUUUUUAAUCAUCGUAAGCACUUCCUGAAACCUUGUUCAUUUGAUUUAAACCUUUUUUACAUAUUUUGCGCGAUAUUGGUGUAAAGAACGGCAAAAAUCACUCUGUUUUAUAUAAAAAAGCCUUUUUUUAGUCUUGCAGGUCGCGUAGGGAUUUAGCUUGGUCUUCAGAAAAGUCAUGUUUUAUAUUUAAUUUCUUAAUAUCGACAAACAUUAAGCUGUUGGUUGUUGUUGACUACAUGUCGCACAACUUGUCACACAUUAACAGCUGCUUUCUGCCUAAUUAAACAAGUAUAACUACUUGCCUUAUCAAAUUAAGGACAAAUGAAACCGUAGCGUAAAACAUUCUCAUGUUAAUUUAAAUAAAAUGAGCGAAAAACAACGCGGCACGCUACCGAGUGGGAAACAAAUACACGGCAGAUGUGGUUUCGCAACAGCUGACCAUUUACGCACCUAUGUAAACGGGGAAACCCCAAGCUUUACGUAAAAA